AUGCGUACUAAGCACCCAUCCUAUCUUAUUCGUCAUAUCAGCAGGGACUUCGCGUUGGAGAGGUCGCGCCGUCCGUCAGAUUAUAGAGGCCUUGGAAGAGGUAGACGCCAUGCUAGACAAUCGCUUGAAGAUAGAGUACGACUUUCACGACUUCCUCUGUUUUCUAUUAAGCUUCUAGCUCGACUGAUAUCAAAUAGGUUACAGAAUGCUUGCGAAUCCCUGAAUGAACUUAAGAAAACGAUCCAUCUGUCUUAUCAACAAGAGAAAGUGACUAUCCUUUCCGAAGCUCACGGCAAGCUUUGCGACGUUAGCGAGAUUCUGCAAACCGCCUUCGGAUUGCUCAUCACUAUCGUCACGAUCAUAAACUUCAUGGGGCUUACCGUAGUCACAUUUUACUUGUACAAUAACCCAAAUCUGCAUAGAAUCUUUGAUAUCAAGUUUGUCUUAUAUGGAGGGCCGGAUCGACCUCCGGUGGAAAAAAUGUUGUGGUUGAUGUACAUUUUAAUAACAUCUUGGAUAAUCGCAGCUUCGUCGUCAGAGCUCACUGAAAAGACGAACGAUUUCAACCACCUCCUCUAUCAGUUGAUCAUCAACGAUAAAACUUCAGAACUUAUGCGAAAUGUAAGAGAAACUCCUCCUCCAUCUCUCCAUGAAGAGGGAGGUCACAUUAACGGCCUGUGGUCUCUUCAAUUUAGACUUUUCUAUGGUGCACUCGAGAUUGGAGUUCCUUCUGAUGAUAACCUACACAAGGUAGUAGCGGAAAAAAAGAGAAAGUACGUAGAAUUGGCUGAAGAGAUCAAACAAUUAUAUCAUUUAAAGGAAACCCGAAUUCUGCCAAUUGUAAUCUCGUGCAACGGACUGAUACCGGAAGAAACUAUAUCUUCUCUGCGACAACUAGAACUGCCCUCUCGGACGAUCGAAAGAAUGCAACAGGCGGUGUUGUUGGGAACGGCGAGCGUCUUUCCUUACGAUCAUGUAAGGAAAAGAGUUUCUUUCCAGUGGUUCACUUACUCCUUGAUAAUAAUUUUAGUCUGUACCGUCGAAGCUGCGUUUGUAGUAUUCGAUCCUCCGCGCCUUGCUAAGAAUUCCUUGCUUCGCAAUAUCCUUUUCAGAUGUCAGAUGCUAGCGAUGUAUGCUUGUAUCGUUAUUUUUAACGGGUGCAUCUUGAUCCACCGCAGGAAGAUUUCCUUGGUGUUCCUCAUCCUGGAUAAGUUGAAGAGCGAGACUAGAGGACAACCGAGCUUCUUGAUGGUCCUCGGCUACUUCUUGUGGCAGUCCAUAGCCAUCGCGGUCACUGCCUACAUGGACUGGAACGGCAACACCCCUCUCGAUGGCACCGUGUCCUUAGCUCUGUGCUACUACUACGGCAUGAUCUCGAUCAUAGUCGUCGGUACCGCGCCCUUCGUGGCUUUGGUUCAGUUGGUGAGCACCAAGCUGGAGCACUUGGUGAUGGCGCUGAAGUCAAAGAUCACCAUCAGCAGCGGCCGCCUCUACACCUACGUACUGCUCUACGACCGAAUGGUGUCCCUCCUCACUUCGUUGAACGAAGCCUUCAGCUUGCAGUUACUCCUCAUCUCUUUCGUAUCCUUCUUCAACUUGACCAUCAACAUGUUUUUCAUUGCAGACUACGUCGUAAAUGAUGCGUCAAUACACAGAUCCAAGAUGGUGCCCGUAUACAUGGGUUGGAUAACAAUGUUUUCCUCAAUGGUGAUUUUUCCAGUAUAUUCCUGUCAUCGAACCACAAAGCAGGUUUGUAUGUUACCCAUAAUAUCAAAAUAA